UAGUGUAAUCUCGGGGUUAUCCAGUUAGAUUUACGUCACGUUCAUCAGUCGUAUACUCGUCGUCAUCGCGCUCGUGUGUCACCCAUCACGAUCGUCCCAGGUGAUUUCCUGCGAUGCGUCUCUUUUGUCUAAUCGCUCUUCUAGGUUUGCAAGUAUCAAAAGCAUCUGAGUGGGGAUAUUGGGGAAAAAAUGGACCAGAAAACUGGCCAGGAAUAUGUAAAACGGGAAAGAGGCAAUCGCCGAUUGAUAUCGUAACAGAAGAUGCUAUAAGAAUUGAUCUCGGUGCUCUUAAAUUUAACAGAUACGAUUUCGCGUUUCCUGCCAUAUUGUUCAAUAACGGACAUUCUGUGGAAGUUCGAGUAGAUGGUGUGCCACUCCAUCUCAGUGGCGGAAGUCUAUCAUCUGUAUAUGUUCUAGAGCAAAUGCAUUUUCAUUGGAGCGCAGAGCAUACUGUGGAUGGUCUACGUGAUCCAUUGGAGUUGCAUUUAGUACAUUACAACAGAAAGUAUGGGAAUAUUAGCGUAGCCGCGCAAUACGAAGACGGAAUUGCAGUGGUUGCCGUUCUAUUUGAAUUGAGCACUGGUGACAAUCUGGACUUGUUGCCAAUUGUAGAAGCGACAAAGAUGGUAUCGAAUUGGGUGGGACGCAGCAUGAUACAUAUAAGACAUAAACUGAUACCUUUAUUAUUUUUACCAAAGGAUCAUACGACGUAUUACCAUUAUGAGGGAUCUUUAACUACACCUUUAUGUCAAGAAUCUGUAUUAUGGUUUGUUAUGACUGAGAAGCUUAAAGUGUCGGAAGCGCAGAUGAACGUUUUCAGACAAGUAGAGGGCAAUAAUGGUACGCUAAAAUUUAAUUACAGAUCUGUUCAAAAUCUCGGCAACAGAAAGGUGUAUCAUCGCCUAGAGGGAUAUGUUAACUCGUCCUCGAGUGUCAUUUUGAAUGUUUACUUAGUUCUUAGUAUUUUUCUAACAAAACUUUUAUGCAACAAUUUUUAAUAUGAAAUAAUGGUAAUUAUUUAGUUUUGGGGACCGCGCCGUGUCUCUUAAACUACAUAAUUAUCGAAAUAAUUAAGCGAACUUGAUGAUACAUAUGACAACUCUGUGAUAUAAUUUAUUGCACUGCUCUAAAGAAUGAGAUGUGCAUUUAUUAUGAUGAAUGUCAUACGCUUGUGUAACUGCAUUAUUUGGAAAACUAUGAUUUAGAAAAGCAUUGAGAAUUAUGAAAUUAUUAUUAACAAUAAUAUGUAGAGAGAGAGAGUGAGAGCGAGCGAGAGAGAGAGCGCGCGCGCGAGAGAGAGAGAGAGAGAGAGAGAGAGAGAGAGAGAGAGAGAGAGAGAGAGAGAAAUUAUUUUUGAUGCUAAAGAGAUUAAACUAUUUUAGUAACUAAUAUGAAGAUAUGUUUUGAAAUUAAAUAUUUAGAAUUACGAAAUUUUUAUCUUUUUAAUACUGUUUCUGGAAUUCUGUUAUUAAAAAUAAAACUUAUUUUAAAAUU